CAAGCUCAUGCAUGUGUGCACAGAGACACAGUGUUUUAAGUCCCAAGCUGAAGGAAAGGAGGCCUCAGUGGCUGAAUCAGGGAAGAAUUUAUAUCUGAGAAGUUUGGGAAAGAGAUCACCUGGCAAGGCUCAGCCUGGGCCACAAUGAUUUUAGGCUUCCUCCAUCCUGAUCCCUAAAAGUUGUGUGUCGGCCCUGUCAAAAACCCUGGCUUCUUAGGUUCUCUGCUUUCACAUCUGUCUUAGCUCCUCUGAACUAUAUGAGCUUGAAGGUGCUAGACCUUGGAGAUCAAAGAUGGCACAGAAGUAACCUUUUCCGAAGCUUGACCCCAUUUGCAGAGUUUCUGAGACUGAUGCCUCUCUCUAGUGAUCACUACAGGUCUAAGCAGUGCAUCUGGUUUGAAAGUGCUGUUAGUUGUUCGUAGGCACUCUUAAAAACUUCCCACUUUACCCAUUUCCCCCACUUGCAGUGUCCUUAUGCCCAACUGCCCUGCUGUCCAAUUCAAUCCUGCCUUUGCAGACUUACCAGCUUGUUCUUUCCUGGAAUAUCACAACAGGCCCUAAUCUGGCCCUCAAGCAUGGCUGCCAUCCCCCCACUUCACCCUCCCCCAAAAGGUUUAAUAAUUGAGCAGGAAUUGGGGUUAGGGGAUGCAGUGCAAAUACACUGGCCCAUCCUAAUUCAACCAGACUGAUAGCCUUAAAUCACCUGAAAUUCUGAGUUCUUUACUACAUAUAGCAGCUACCCAAGACUUAAAAAAAAUAAAAAACAUCUGGAGUUAUCCACCUAGACAGACCCAGUUUACUGAGUUUGGGACCUUUACAGUAGAAAGUAGGGUGGGGAGAAAGUUCUCCCUUGCUACUGUCUGCUUCUGCCUUGCUCUUGGUGUUUUAAAGGAAUCCCUUCCUUGGCAAAAGGAGGAGCAUCUGAAAUGAAUUACUCCUACAAACCUGUUGGAUUUGGCCCAUAGAAUUUAAGAAAAAAAUCGGGUUAAAUGAUAUUUAAAAUUUUAGAAAUUUCACACAAAAAUUUGGAGUUCUGGCUUCUCUGAAAAUAAGCAGUUCAGAAUGGAAUACAGUGGAUCUGCAGUUAAGGGCUCAUGACAAUCACAGGCUGCCCCUCUUUAUCAAGGCCGCAAGAGGUGAAAAUGACAUGACUUGCAUACAUACCACAGUUGCUGCUACUUGGGAUUACUGGAAGGAAUAAAGGAGAAAGGGAAAGAUAUGUGGGGAAUGAAUUUGAAGGCAGUGUUUAAAGUUAGAAGGAUGAAGUCGAAAACCAGAGCAGUAUCCAGUGGAGCAGAAGCGAAGAGGCCUGCCAAGAAGGAUUACCAUCUCAUUGUAUAGAAGACUCAGAAAAAACAUGGUGCCUUAACAACCAGUUGAUGAUGAAGCCAGGUUGGACCUCCUGCUUUCCAGUGCACUGCUCCCACCUGCCACACUACAGUCUCCCCACAGAUGUCCACUCGAUUCCAGAAUCAAGUGCAUUUUAAUCUAAGACCUCAGCAUCCUUGGGUGGAAGACAGUAUGUGGACGUUGAUGUAGCUGUGAAACCAGCAAUCAGUGGUCUUACAAGUAGUUUAGAAAAGGAGGGGGUAUGGAGAGGAGACUGUGCUGGGCAGACGAUGCUGGACACGAUGGAGGCGCCCGGCCACUCGAGGCAGCUGCUGCUGCAGCUCAACAACCAGCGCACCAAAGGCUUCUUGUGCGACGUGAUCAUCGUGGUGCAGAACGCCCUCUUCCGCGCGCACAAGAACGUGCUGGCGGCCAGCAGCGCCUACCUCAAGUCCCUGGUGGUGCAUGACAAUCUGCUCAACCUGGACCAUGACAUGGUGAGCCCGGCCGUGUUCCGCCUGGUGCUGGACUUCAUCUACACCGGCCGCCUGGCCGAUGGCCCAGAGGCGGCGGCGGCGGCGGCCGUGGCCCCGGGGGCCGAGCCGAGCUUGGGCGCCGUGCUGGCUGCCGCCAGCUACCUGCAGAUCCCUGACCUCGUGGCGCUGUGCAAGAAACGCCUCAAGCGCCACGGCAAGUACUGCCACCUGCGGGGCGGCGGCGGCGGCGGCGGCGGCUAUGCACCCUACGGGAGGCCGGGCCGGGGCCUGCGGGCUGCCACGCCGGUCAUCCAGGCCUGCUACUCGUCCCCGGCCGGACCUCCGCCGCCGCCCACCACCGAGCCGCCGUCGGGUCCUGAGGCCGCAGUGAACACGCACUGCGCGGAGCUCUACGCCUCGGGCCCUGGGCCGGCCGCCGCGCUCUGCGCCCCGGAGCGCCGCUGUUCCCCGCUCUGCGGCCUGGACCUGUCCAAGAAAAGUCCGCCGGGCUCCGCGCCCCCUGAGCGGCCGCCGGGCGAGCGCGAAAUGCCCCCGCGCCCAGACAGCCCUCCCAGCGCCGGCCCCGCAGCCUACAAGGAGCCACCGCUCGCCUUGCCGCCGCUGCCGCCGCUGCCCUUCCAGAAGCUGGAGGAGGCCGGACCGCCUCCGGACCCAUUCCGAGGCGGCGGCGGCAGCCCGGGACCCGAGCCCCCCGGCCGCCCCGACGGGCCAAGCCUCCUCUACCGCUGGAUGAAGCACGAGCCGGGCCUGGGCAGCUACGGCGACGAGCUAGGCCGCGAGCGCGGCUCCCCCAGUGAGCGCUGCGAGGAGCGCGGCGGGGACACGGCCGCCUCGCCCGGGGGGCCCCCGCUCGGCUUGGCGCCGCCGCCGCGCUAUCCGGGCAGCCUGGACGGGCCUGGCGCGGGCGGCGACGGCGACGACUACAAGAGCAGCAGCGAGGAGACAGGCAGCAGCGAGGACCCCAGCCCUCCCGGCGGCCACCUCGAGGGCUACCCAUGCCCGCACCUGGCCUACGGCGAACCCGAGAGCUUCGGCGACAACCUGUACGUGUGCAUCCCGUGCGGCAAGGGCUUCCCCAGCUCGGAGCAGCUGAACGCGCACGUGGAGGCGCACGUGGAGGAGGAAGAGGCGCUGUACGGCAGGGCCGAGGCGGCUGAGGUGGCUGCGGGGGCCGCCGGCCUCGGGCCCCCUUUUGGAGGCGGUGGGGACAAGGUCUCUGGGGCUCCGGGGGGCCUGGGCGAGCUGCUGCGGCCAUACCGCUGCGCGUCGUGCGACAAGAGCUACAAGGACCCGGCCACACUGAGGCAGCACGAGAAGACGCACUGGCUGACUCGGCCCUAUCCGUGCACCAUCUGCGGGAAGAAGUUCACGCAGCGCGGGACCAUGACGCGCCACAUGCGCAGCCACCUGGGCCUCAAGCCCUUCGCGUGUGACGCCUGCGGCAUGCGCUUCACACGCCAGUACCGCCUCACGGAGCACAUGCGCAUCCACUCGGGCGAGAAGCCCUACGAGUGCCAGGUGUGCGGCGGCAAGUUCGCUCAGCAACGCAACCUCAUCAGCCACAUGAAGAUGCACGCUGUGGGGGGCGCGGCCGGUGCGGCCGGGGCGCUGGCGGGCCUGGGGGGUCUCCCUGGCGUCCCCGGCCCCGACGGCAAGGGCAAGCUCGAUUUCCCCGAGGGCGUCUUUGCUGUGGCGCGCCUCACGGCUGAACAGCUGAGCCUGAAGCAGCAGGACAAGGCGGCCGCGGCCGAGCUGCUGGCCCAGACCACGCACUUUCUGCACGACCCCAAGGUGGCGCUCGAGAGCCUCUACCCGUUGGCCAAGUUCACUGCGGAGCUGGGCCUCAGCCCCGACAAGGCGGCGGAGGUGCUGAGCCAGGGAGCGCACCUGGCCGCCGGCCCCGAUGGCCGGACCAUCGACCGUUUCUCCCCCACUUAGAGCACCUCUUGCGGGCCCGCCUCGUCGCCGCCCCCAGGGAGUGGCGGCGGCCACCAGCAGACAGGCACAACGCGCCCGCGCCGGGACCACUGUAGUAGCAGCGGCAGCGUCGCCGCGGGGCCGGCGGCCCCUCCUCUCUGCGGCCUCACCUGGCCUCACUGCUUUGUGCCUUAGCCCGGGGGUGGGGGUGGGGGGAAAACCCCGGGACGGGGGUGGGAUAGGGGAAGGGAGAUUUAUAUUUUUGAUAUCAGCUUUGACCAAAGGAGACCCCCGGCCCUUCUCCGCCUCUUCCUGUGGUUCGUUGGCCCCCUUCCCUCGGCUCCGUGCUGCUCUUGGGGGGAGGGGUGUCACUGUUGGGGCGCUCCCAGCCCUACCUCCGGCCCUUGCGACCACACCCAUUCUCACUGUGAAUCGCCCCGCUGGGGUCGGAGCGUCGGGCAGGGUUGGGGAGCGGGGAGGGGACUGAGCCGGCCGGAGGGCUCCCCGCCCCCGCCCCCGCCCGCCCCGGGACUGAUAAUGUGAAGUUCCUCAUUUUGCACAAGUGGCACUAGCCCCAGGGCCAACCCUUCCCUCCCUCUGGAGUCAGAGGGCUGAGACAGCCCUGGUCUACCCGGUCUCCCACUCCCGCGGUGGUCCCACCUCCCUUCCCUGGGGCCCCAGACCAUAUUUAUUGCAUGCGCCCCGGGCGGCCCCCCAUCCCGAGCCCAGGCUGGGCUGGGCUGGAACGUGGUCUCUUUAGCUCCCUCCUCGUUUGUAUAUUUCCUACCUUGUACACAGGCUCUUCCAGAGCCGCUUCCAUUUUCUAUAUUCGAACCAAACAGCAAUAAAGCAGUAACCAAGGA